GAAGCAGACUGACCCUUGUCUGUCUCUGACGGUCCAUUCCGCAGGGACUUUCUCCAGUUAGAGAACGCGUGUGGGAAGGAAGAGGGGAUGAUCCUGGCUGGCAGUGCUUCUAGGGGUCUACCCACAGGGAAAGGUGGCCCAUUGGAUGUAGACGCAAGGAAAGGAGGGGCCUUUUGAACUAGGCUUCGGAAAGAACUAAUGGGAGGAACAUUAGGGGCUGGUUGGUAAGCAGGGUGGGGACAGCCAGGACUGGUGUUAAAUGUCAGGGAACAGACGGAGUGGGCUGCGUGGCUUAGGGCUGGGAAAAUAAAGCCAACAGGCUUGUUUGCUCGGAGAGUUGCCUAGGGAAACAGAACACUUGAGAGCCUCUUCUGUCCCCUCUCCAGCCUCCUCCUUGGUGCUGAAGUCACAACCCCAAGGAGUCUUCUUCCACCCGUGUCUUUCUCCUGCGGCCCGGGGAACCCGAAACGCAGAGGGCUGAGAAUGAGACGAUAGUGAAGGAUGAAGAAAUAGCUUUGGACCCGUGGAACAUGAGGCCGAUGCCCCUUUUGCAGCUAACGCUGCUUGUAGCCAUGCCUAGGGGCUUGGGGGGGAAAGAGUGUCUUUCUCUGCCCUGCGAGUGCCACCAGGAGGACGACUUCAGAGUCACCUGCAAGGAUAUGGACCACAUCCCCAGCCUACCGCCCAGUACGCAGACUCUGAAGUUUACAGAGACUCAUCUGAAAACCAUUCCCAGUUAUGCAUUUUCAAAUCUGCCCAAUAUUUCCAGAAUCUACUUAUCAAUAGAUGCAACUCUGCAGCGGCUGGAAUCACAUUCCUUCUACAAUUUGAGUAAAAUGACGCAUAUAGAGAUUCGGAAUACCAGAAGCUUAACUUUCAUAGACCCUGGUGCCCUAAAAGAGCUGCCUCUUCUCAAGUUCCUUGGCAUUUUCAACACUGGGCUUAAAAUAUUCCCUGACCUGACCAAAGUCUAUUCCACUGAUGUGUUUUUUAUACUGGAAAUUACAGACAACCCAUACAUGACUUCAAUCCCUGCAAAUGCUUUUCAGGGUCUGUGCAAUGAAACCUUGACUCUGAAACUGUACAACAAUGGCUUUACUUCAAUCCAAGGACAUGCUUUCAAUGGGACAAAGCUGGAUGCUGUUUACCUGAACAAGAAUAAAUACCUGACGGUUAUUGACAAAGAUGCAUUUGGAGGAGCAUACAGUGGACCAACCUUGCUGAUCCUUGAGUCUUUAAUGUGUAACGAGAGCAGUAUUCGAAGCCUGCGGCAGAGAAAGUCUGUGAAUGCUUUGAAUGGUCCCCUCUACCAGGAUUACGAAGAGGAUCCAGGUGACCACAGUGCUGGGUACAAGGAAAACUCCAAGUUCCAGGAUACCCACUCUCAUUAUUAUGUCUUCUUUGAGGAACAAGAAGAUGAGAUCAUUGGUUUCGGCCAGAAGCUCAAAAACCCACAGGAAGAGACCCUACAGGCCUUUGAUAGCUAUUAUGACUACACCGUGUGUGGGGGCAAUGAAGACAUGGUGUGCACCCCCAAGUCAGACGAGUUCAACCCCUGUGAAGACAUAAUGGGCUACAAGUUCCUGAGAAUUGCGGUGUGGUUUGUUAGUCUGCUGGCUCUCUUGGGCAAUGUCUUUGUCCUGCUCGUCCUCCUCACCAGCCACUACAAACUGACGGUCCCGCGUUUUCUCAUGUGCAACUUGGCCUUUGCGGACUUCUGCAUGGGCAUGUAUCUGCUCCUCAUCGCCUCCGUAGACCUCUACACCCACUCUGAGUACUACAACCACGCCAUCGACUGGCAGACGGGCCUCGGGUGCAACACGGCCGGUUUCUUCACUGUCUUUGCCAGUGAGUUGUCAGUGUAUACACUGACCGUCAUCACCCUGGAGCGCUGGUACGCCAUCACCUUCGCCAUGCGCCUGGACCGGAAAAUCCGCCUCAGGCAUGCAUCUGCCAUCAUGGCUGGGGGCUGGGUUUUCUGCUUCCUGCUUGCCCUGCUCCCUUUGGUAGGAAUAAGCAGCUACACCAAAGUCAGCAUCUGCCUGCCCAUGGACACUGAGACCCCUCUUGCCCUGGCAUAUAUUAUCCUCGUUCUGCUGCUCAACAUAGUUGCCUUUAUCAUUGUCUGCUUCUGUUAUGUGAAGAUCUACAUCACAGUCCGAAAUCCCCAGUACAACCCAAGGGACAAAGACACCAAAAUUGCCAAAAGGAUGGCUGUCUUGAUCUUCACUGACUUCAUGUGCAUGGCCCCGAUCUCAUUUUAUGCUCUGUCAGCGCUUAUGAACAAGCCUCUCAUUACUGUUUCCAACUCCAAAAUUUUGCUGGUUCUCUUCUAUCCACUUAACUCAUGUGCCAAUCCAUUCCUCUACGCUAUUUUCACCAAGACCUUCCAGCGGGAUGUAUUUAUCCUGCUCAGCAAGUUUGGCAUCUGUAAACACCAGGCUCAGGCAUACCGGGGCCAGAGGGUUUCUCCAAAGAACAGCACUGGUAUUCAAGUCCCAAGGGUCGCCCAAGACAUGAGGCAAAAUCACCCCAACAUGCAAGAUGACUAUGAACUGCUUGCAAAAUCCCAUCUAACCCCAAAUAAGCAGAGCCAAAUCUCAAAAGAGUAUAAACAAACAGUUUUAUAAGCUGACCCUACACUCACCACUCUCUGUUGUAGAGGGGCUUAAAACAUACUGGUUUCUUGAACAUGUAUUCCAACCCCUCCACACACACGACAGCUCACUAAGUCUUGUGCAGGUGACAUUUCAUUGGGUAAGAACUCAUCUCUUGAGAGGAACUAGCAUUAACCUAAUAAUCACCCCAAGAAGGAAGACAGGCUAACAGCAUGUCUGAAUCCCUGGUAAUAUUAAAAUGAUCUAUACUUUCUAGAAGGCUUGCUUGGUGCUAAGUGCAGAGAUGACAUUAUGUAAGAUGCUCAACAGAUGUCAACUCAUCCACAUCAACACUGCCCUUCUUACUGUUAUACAGCAUUUCAUACAAAAGAUUCCGCAAAUGGCAAAAGAAUACCUUAGCUGCAAGUCACAAAAUAAAUCAGCCACAUGUUGGCUCAGUCCAAGUUCAUGUUUCCUGAUACAACCAGAGUUUGAGUUCCUCGAAAGUGAAAAGUCAAACAGGACAACAUCACACAAGAAAUGGUUCUUUUGAGGCCUGAAUGAAGGAGGGGAAAGAUUAGCUUUGAGUUGAUUUUUUUCAGAUUCUGAAACUAUUAAUCAUCUCUCCACAAAGACCUACCUGAUGUGACCCAACUAUAAUGUGCUGCCCAGGAAAACUGGCAAGAUUUCAACUUAUGUGGCCAAGCCAACCAAGAAUUGUUCAUCUUGGCUAGUCUCGUAGCCUAAAAAACUUUCCCAUUUCCUGCUCUCACGUCAUAAAAGGAAGUCUGGACGCAGGCACAGAGGCAUCAGCAUCAGCCCCCUGUUGGAAAAGGUGUGCUGGGGGAGAAGAUACACACCACCUGCUCACAUUAACCAUCCCCUUCUUCACUCAGAAAUAUAAAUGAACCACAAGAAUUACCAGACACUUCAGGAAAAUAAACCUCACAUCAAAAGUACACACACAGCCCUGGCUGAUGUAGCUCAGUGGACUGAGCGCGGGCCUGCGAACCAUGCGAUCGCGGUUCAAUUCCCAGUCAGGGCACAUGCCUGGGUUGCAGGCCAGUUCCCAGUGGGGGACACAUGAGAGGCAACCACACACUGAUGUUUCUCUCCCUCUCUUUCUCCUUUCCUUCCCCUCUCUCUGAAAAUAAAUAAAUAAAAUAUUUUUUAAAAUGGGGGGGAAGUACACACACAAAAGUAUACCUUAAACAACAGAACAUUUCACCAGAAAAUAAAUAUGGUCCAAAACCAGAGUAUUUUUUAAAUUCUAAUUAGUAACAUCAGAGAAAAUUGAAAAAUAAUUAGCCCUAACACAAAAGUGAGCUAUUAUUUUUUUAAAGUAGUGAUCAAAAAUGAAGUAGAAUUUUGGCAAAUUAAAAACUGAAUUGCCAAAACAAGAGCUCUAAUAAGGAUUGGGAAUUAAAGUACAAAAGAAGAAAUCUCCUAGAAUGUGGAACAGCUAAACAAAGAUGUAAAUGUGAGACAAAAAUGGAAAGAUAUAGAAGAUUAUUCUCAAAGUCCAUCAUCUAGCUAAGGAGCUCCAGAGAAAAUGUAGAAAACAAUCAUCGGAAACAGAAGGAAAAGCAUACUUCUUGAGUUGGCAAAGAUUGAUAGUGUCUCCUGCAUGCAAAGGGUGAUGAAUGAAAAAGACUCACUUGUAAAAGAGUUCUUACACCAUGGACACAGA